GUGAUCUAUCCGCUACAUUUGGAAUGAUAUUAUAUAAUUCCGAUAGAUCCUAUCGGCUGACCGAUAAAAGUUUGCCGAACCCGAAGACCUAGUCUGGCUCAUUGCAACAGCGUCGGUGAGGUUCCGCGUCUUCAACGUCGGUUCUUCGGUUGAGCCGGUAUCUAUGUUAUUGGAUCUUUAGGCGACCUUGCGGAUGGACGGCCGUGUGACGGACUCCCAGUGGCGAUAACAGAAGUUUCGAGUGCGGGGUGUUGGAAGUGAAUUUUGUGACUUGUUUUUUUUUUCAAUUGGAUUUUGUUUUUGGAAGAUUGAUGUGCUGCUGGACUUAAUUAUUAAAUGGGGAUCAGAGCAAGCAGCAACGUGACCUCCUCGGGUAUAGGGGAUGACAACAUGAAGAGCAAGGUAUGGUUGUACCUUUAUCGAACAUGGGAAGUUUUAUCUUCUUCUGAACGGUGGACAAAGAGUAGAACAACUUCAAGAUCCAGAAAUAGUGACUUGAGUGAAGUAACUACAGAGUAUGGUUCUCAGUUUUCUGUUUGCAGUUGUUCUCAAUGCCAGAAGGAUGAUGGAUUCAGUAGCGGUGAUUACAGCGAUCUUUUCGAUUCAGUCAGCACGAUGGCUCCCAAUUCAGAAGACAGCGCUAGAAUCGAUAGAUACAAUUUAGUCGAAGAAAAUAAUGUGAAGGAGAAACAGCGGCCGCCCAUAUACAAUCCUGAAGAUUAUGCCUUAUCACUCAAAAAAUGGGGUAAAAAGUCAAUGAAUGGCUGUGGUGUUUCAUUAUAUUCCAACCCAGCAAGUGCGGAUCCAGAUGGUACGAGAACAGUUGGUCAUUCCUUCAGGGACUACAGAAAUCCCAUGUUGAUAUCAUCCGGAUCUGAAAUGACCCUUAGGCAGUUUGGGACGGUGUCGGAACUCUUGAACAAACUCAAAUCUGAUUUACGUCUGGCUUACCCCAGUUUCACACAAGAAUUUGUGUCAGAACCUCUUGAUGGUAUAAAUCUUCUGUUGGACUUGUUAAGAGCAGUGCAGCUCAGCCAAUCCACAAAUCCUCAAGCCUUUUCGGGCUCGAAUCACACUACUGGAAAAGUACCUCCAACCAUCCAGAGGCGUGCCUUGUUAGAUGAAUUGUCAUGUUUGCAAUGCCUAUCCAGUUGCUGCAACAGAUAUUCAGAUGCUACCAGAAGACUGACUUCGUCCUCUGCUGGAUUGUUUACCCUUGCUAUCUGCAUUAUGAGCAAUGUGAACAAAUCGAGGAUAUUGGCACUUCAGUUAUUGGCCAAAGUUUGUGAAGAAUCUUUCAACGGCCACUCUGCAGUUUCAGAAGCCUUAUCUACUUUGAGACUGAGAUUUGGUGAACCAGUAAGAUUUCGAUUCUUGGUCGGUAUACUGAAUUCAACAGGAGCACAAGGUGAAUUGUUGGUUGCUGGAAUGAAGUUUAUCAAUUCGUUCUUAGCUUCAGCACCUUCGUCUCAGAAAAGACUUUAUAUACAGGCAGAACUCGAUCAGGCUGGAUUCGAUUUAGCAUCAAUGAAAAAGAAUAUUGUUGGAAACUCUGAUAUCACCGACAAAAUAUUCGAAGAACUUCAACAUUGGGAGAGAACAUUCAUAGACGUCGAGACCCUCACUAUCCGAGCAGAAUCAGCAGAGAAAGAAAACGAUUCCCUCAGAGAUAAGAUACUUCUAUUAGAGAGAAGAAUACAAAUACUGCAAGAAGAGAAAACAAUUUUGACGUCUUUGGAAAAAUGUUUGAAAGAUCGUUGUAAAGAAUUGCAGUCUGAAAUGAAUACCUUCAGAUCGAAUGAAAAUCUUCACAAGGAUUUCUUCAACCAUAAGGGAGACCUUUCCAAAACCGACGAUGAAGGUAUAUCCUCCUCAGAAAGAAGCUCUUCACCUGAAGGUGAUACCAUUGAUCAGAAACAGGCAAGCUACGACCUUUACAGAACUCAGUGUUGUACUCUCCAGUACAACUUUCCCAAAAAGAAGGAAGAAGAAACCAAACCUUCCUACGAUGAGGAGGAAACCACAAUAGAAGAAGUGAUGGAAGAAUUCCAGAAUAUCAUUAACGACGCUGAAUCGCAAAAUUGCCUUAAGGAGCAAAAAAGCAAGGAACAUAAAAGGAAAAAGAUACAGGAAGCCCAAGUGGCCGGAAAAAUACAACUGGAAAUAAAUCCACCAACUCUAGACGAUUUUUCUAUUCUCGAUGAGAGUAAGGAUCAUAAGGGCGAUCAGGCCAGAAAAACAAAGAGUUUAGUGCAUUUGUAUUUACCAUCUAAUGAAGAGUAUGAGUAUGAAAAUAUCAAUAAGAAGGGAUUAUUCUUUGGAAACGUGUAUACUAGUGACGAUGACACAAAUUCUUCAUUGAGUAACUACAGAUGGCGUAUAAGUAAUAUCGACAGGCCACAACCUGUGCUAUUUCCCGAUGAUAAGAAACCUGAUACAGAAGCAGAGAAUGUUUAUAUGAACUCAUCUUACCAACAGCCUAAAAUGAAGAGAACGGAUUCUUCAAGUAGUCUAAAGAGGGGAAAUUCCUCUAGACGUCUUCCAAAUUUUGAUUUUUCGAGUGAUAUCACAUCUGCUGGUACACAUGUUACUGUUAGUUGUCAAAAAAACAAUUUCAACUAUGACGACUUCGAAAAUCACAGAAUUAAGUCUAAAAGUUUAGAUCGCAUAGACGAUGGUCUAGAAACCAUGGUAGAUAUUGUUGUAGCAGAUCCUAGAACUGCGAAAUAUACAGCUUCAAGGACAAAGAGCGACUCUGGCAAUGCAACAUCUAUUUCAAGGAGUAUAUCUCACGUUUUUAUAAAUCCCCCAAAGCAGUUUAGGAGUAGGGUCAAUAGCUAUUCUGAAGAGAAGCAAAAAAUGUUUUUGCCUACACUAAAAGAUCAGUUUGAAGUGCCGUAUUAUUUCCCUAGAGUACAAGAAAAAUUGAGUAGUACUUCUUCGGCUUUUUUGAUAAAUAGGGGACACAACAACGCAGGUUUAUAUUCAGGUCGUGUUUAUAACAGCAACAUAAGUAGAAAAGAAAGUAGAUCUACCAGGGAUAGCUUGCCAAUAUUUACUUCAAUCAGUAAAAGCAGCAGUGGAAGGGUGACUGAUUUACCAUCCGGAUUAUACUGAAUUGAAAUCUUUUAACCCUCAAUUUUGGGAUUGUAAAUAAAUUUUAGUUUUAUGUAAACAAAUACUUUAUAUAACGAUAUGUAUUUUAUGAGAUAUAUUUGGAUUUUUAUUUAUUGUUGCGAUGAAAUUCGUUUUGAUACUUGGAGCUGAUGAUGAAGAAGCUUUCUGGUAGAUGUUAGGAUGAAAUUUUAUCUUGAAAGGUAUUGGAAAUGUGAUACCCCUAGAAAAUCUAUAUUUUUACAUUCUUCCUCUGUCUUCUUUCUUCCUGAAAAUGAGAACUUGAUGGAAAUUACAACACAGGUAAUUCAGCUUAAACAUAUUUUUUCCAAUUUUCGUAUGUCAUAUCGAAGAAUACUUAGGAGCGAUUACAUAGUAAUUGCAUAAUUAUAAUUGAAAAUACCUAUUUCAUUCUUAGCAUUGUGCUAUUUUCGUUAGAUGCUUCUAUGCUUCUAAUUAUUUCAAUAUAUUCAAUCGAUUCAAAUCUACAAACUAAUGUUGUUUAUGUAUUCCUUAUGUUCAAAAUCUCUCAGAAUGCUUCGAAAAAAUUUAUUUAAUAUUUCACAUAAUUAGGGGAUUUCAAUUGAUCUAAUCAUGUAUCAUUAAGUGGAAAAGCGUGCAAUAUUAUUCAAAUAUAAAAACGAAAAAAUCAAUAAACCUCUAUCAAUGCUACGUAUAAAAUAUAAGUAACUGUGUAGUGAAUAUGGUUAGGUCCGUCCUGUUGAAAUUAUAUUUUGACUUUAAAAUUUAAGCUUGGUAGAGGAUUUUGGGAAAACAUUAUUAGACACUUUCUUCUUUGGGGACGAGUACAAAAAAUUCAUUUGAAAUUUUCCCUUGGAUAACGGAGAAAACACGAUCUCUUAUGUUAUUAAUUAAAAAUUGUUGAAUA